GCAUUCAUCACUAAAGUUCAUACACAAUCUCAGGCUCUCGAGUCCUUGCGAAAAUAAUGAGAUUUGUAAAAUUUCCAACUUUGGGGGUGCUCUUUAAGAAAUUUACACAAAGCUAAUUGGGCUGAUGGGCUCCAAUUGUACCGAUUUAGAAUACGGCCCAAUUAAAAACGUUAUUUAAAUACUGAUUCUCAGUAGUCAGUAGCUGAUGAAUGAGAGAGAGAGAGAGAUCUCGACGGAAGAAGGGAGGACGACGAGUCAUCGUCUUCAUGGCGGGCUCUCGAGGGAGCUCCGGCGAUAGCCGUGGAGAUCCGUCGGUUAUUUCCAUCAUUGGUGGUGGAGUCUGCAUGAUGAAUCCUUCAUGGAGAGAUGAACAGCAUCCAUCUUUCAUCAAUUUUAUUUCUUCAUUUCUAUGUGCAAAUUCCUACCGCCUAAAUUUCCUUCCAAUAUCUCCUGACCUCAUUUUCAACAAUGGAGGACUGUCUGUAGCAUUCAUUUUUGAAACAAAUUGGGAUCCUAUCAGGGUUUCGUCUGUCUUUACCAGAGUUGAAGAGCUGAAGAGGCAAUUUAGGUUUCUGUAUGUUGUUGUUUCAGUUCCAACAAGAGAACAAAAUGAUUCUUUCAAUCAUUCAUACUUCAGGCACAACAUAGAACUUGGUAAUCCAACUUUUGUGCCUGUCUGUGAUCGAGAGAUGGGGUUUGAGAAGAUUGUGAAGAUAGCACAUGCUCGUGGAGUAUGUAAAAGACAAGAUGCGAUCAACACGAUGAAAGAUGAGCGUAAGCAAGCAGUCCAAGGAAUUGAUCGAUUCUUGAGAGUAGUCACCUCAAUACCAGACAUAGAUGAACAUGACGCAUAUGCGCUUGUGCAAUCUCUUGGCUCAAUUGAAGCAAUAUCAAAAGCAUCCAAAAGCUUUAUUCUGGAGACGACAGAUCUUUCAGUUGAUAAAGCAGAGAGGCUUGUAAGUUUUUUCAGAGAUCCAAAGUACUAUCUCAGUCCCAAAAUUAAUUAAAUACUAGGUAUGAUCUUGCAGACUUGUAGUAGCAUAUGAAACUACUCUCCUUUCCUCGUAGCAUACUAGUUAAGGCUAGUUUUCUUAACAUGUAUUAACAUUGUUGGAGAGAAUCUUUCAUUUGGUUUAUGCCAAAUAAUGCAAGACUGAAUUCUCACACCAAUUCAUCAAAGUCGUACUCAAUGUAUUCAAACAUAAAAUUUCCAUGUGGUAAAUAAAACUACAAUUAAAAAUGUUUCGAGUA